CAUCAUCCCCUCUCAAUCUCCCUCAGGCGUCGGAGUGCGUCUCCUCCAGUACCGCACAGAGCCUCAAGGAUGCGCGUAUGGACGCCCCUGAUGAUGCGGUGCUGCGCCUGGCUGAGCUGGCAGUGAGCUGCACCAUGGAGCGCACUGCAAGCCGCCCAAGCAUGGCGUACAUUGCCAAGGAGCUACAGGCUGUCAGAGAGGAGGUGGUGGGGAAAUAG